GAGAGAGAGAGUGAGAGAGAGGGAGAGAGUGAGAGAGAGGGAGAGAGAGAGAGAGAGGGGGAGAGAGGGAGAGAGAGUUGAACGAGAGGAGAGAGCGACGACCGUCAGGGUCCGGGUGCCUGAGGGACGGACGACACGGAGAGGGGGAGGACUGAGUGAGCAAGUGAUCAUCUGACUGCCGGCAGAUUGAAUGAAGCUGCACCUGGUGCUUCUGAGGGCCUUUCCCAUGCUUUGAUUUGCUCUGUUUUUUACUUUCUAAACUUGGUUUCAAACAACCGCUCCCUGCCAUGCCGUCCAACAGUCCUGCUACCACCGAACCGCCCCAGACGCCAGAGAACGACACCUCCAAUGAUGUGAGUGAAGACGGAGCAGACCAGGACAGUCCAGAGGAGGGGACGCCAGCGAGCCCCCGCAACAAGCGCAGAGUGGGUCGUCCUGGCAGGAAACGCAAACAGCUGCUGCCUGAGAUGGCGACCUCUGACCCAUGUGCAAACGCCCCCCCAACUCCACCUGAGGAGCCGGAGCCCUCACCCUCUCCUCGCAAGAAGCGUGGCCGUCGGAAACUCGAGCCACCAGAGAGCAAUAAGGACGAGCCAGACGACAGAAACUGCGACUCCCCCAGAGAGGGUGAGACUGGGAGGCUGCGGAGGAGGCCAGUCCCCAGAGUGACUUUCCAAGCUGGAGAUCCGUACUACAUCAGCAGGAGGCAGAGAGAAGAAUGGCUCAGCCGCUGGAAGAUGGAGGCAGAACGAAGGGCGUACAGAGAGGCAGAGAUAAACAUGAUGGAUGACCUAUCAGAAGUUGACUUUCAAAAAGAGGAGGAGCCUGCCAGCCCAGCCCCUCCCCCUUCACAACAGCAUACAGACCCCGCCUCUCCCACAGUCGCUGUGACACCAGAGCCAGUUGCUAGGGGAGACCGGGCGAGGCCCAAUGAGAUAGAGUACCAGGACGACCGAGGCUUUGGCAUCGGGACGCUGGUUUUUGGGAAGCUGCGAGGCUUCUCUUGGUGGCCCGGCAGGAUCGUGUCCUGGUGGAUGAGCGGCCGAAGUCGAGCUGCAGACGGUACUCGCUGGGUGAUGUGGUUUGGUGAUGGAAAAUUCUCUGUGGUUUGUGUGGAGAAGUUGAUGCCUCUGAGCUCCUUUUCAUCUGCCUUCCACCAGCCAACCUACAACAAACAGUCCAUGUACCGGAAAGCUAUCUUUGAGGCUCUGCAGGUGGCCAGCGUGCGGGCGGGGAGGCCAGUUCCUUCCUGUGAUGCGAGUGAUGAUGCAGAGGGGGUGGAUCUUCAGACCAGACAGAUGAUAGAGUGGGCAAUGACCGGCUUCCUGCCCACUGGUCCACAAUCAUUGGACCCUCCGGAAGAGGAGCAAAACCCUUAUAAGGAAGUGUACCCAGAGAUGUGGGCGGAGCCUGAGGCUGCCUACACACCUCCACCUGCAAAGAAACCACGCAAGAACUCAGCAGAGAAAGCGAAGAUCAGAGAGGUGAUCGAUGAAGGGACCAGAGAGAGACUUAUUUUUGAGAUCAAAAAGAAGACCAGAAAUAUAGAAGAUAUCUGUAUCUCCUGCGGAAGCCUCAAUGUCUCUCUGGAGCAUCCUCUCUUUGUAGGAGCAAUGUGCCAGGGCUGCAAAAACUCGUUCCUGGAGUGCGCCUACCAGUAUGAUGACGAUGGCUACCAGUCCUAUUGCACCAUCUGCUGUGGAGGCAGGGAAGUGCUCAUGUGUGGCAACAACAACUGCUGUAGGUGUUUCUGUGUGGAGUGUGUAGAUCUAUUGGUAGGAGCUGGCUCAGCGGCGGCGGCCAUCAAAGAAGACCCCUGGAACUGUUACAUGUGUGGACCACGGAACAUCUACGGGUUACUGCGACGACGGGACGACUGGCCCUGCAGACUACAGCACUUCUUUGCCAACAACCACGAACAGGAAUUUGAACCAGCCAAGUUGUAUCCUCCAGUUGCAGCAGAGAAGAGGCAACCAAUUAGAGUCCUGUCCCUGUUUGAUGGCAUUGCCACAGGUCUGCUGGUGCUGAAAGACUUGGGCAUCCAGGUCGACAAGUAUGUUGCAUCUGAAGUAUGUGAAGACUCCAUCACUGUUGGCAUGGUUCGACACCAUGGACGCAUCAUGUACGUGGGAGAUGUACGUAACGUAACUCGCAAACAUAUCGAAGAAUGGGGACCAUUUGACCUGGUGAUAGGAGGAAGCCCCUGCAACGACCUCUCUAUAGUCAACCCUGCAAGAAAAGGCCUUUAUGAGGGAACUGGUCGGUUGUUUUUUGAGUUUUACCGUCUGCUGCAUGAGGCUCGGCCAAAACCGGGUGACGAGCGGCCGUUCUUCUGGCUGUUUGAAAAUGUGGUUGCUAUGGGAGUCAGCGACAAACGAGACAUCUCCCGCUUUUUAGAGUGUAAUCCAGUGAUGAUUGACGCCAAGGAGGUCUCUGCUGCCCACCGCGCUCGCUAUUUCUGGGGAAACCUGCCGGGCAUGUCAAGACCUCUGACACCAAUGGCGAAUGACAAGCUGGACCUACAAGAGUGCCUCGAGCAUGGCCGCACAGCCAAGUUUGAGAAGUUGCGUACGAUAACGACACGCUCCAACUCUGUGAAGCAGGGGAAAGACGAACAUUUCCCCGUCUACAUGGACAACAAGGAGGACAUCCUCUGGUGUACUGAGAUGGAAAGGGUGUUUGGUUUCCCCGUCCACUAUACCGACGUGUCCAACAUGAGUCGUCUGGCCAGGCAAAGGCUGCUGGGACGUUCAUGGAGCGUCCCCGUCAUCAGGCACCUCUUCGCCCCGCUCAAGGAAUACUUUGCCUGCAACUAGUCACACACCAACUCUCUCUCUCACACCCUCACAGACACACACUGAUAACUGCAAACAAUAUACAGCUAGUACAUGAAGGUUGGCUGAUGCAGACUGACACGAAUGACCGGACAUGCAUACAUAAACACACAUAAGCACACAUACGCUCACACACACACUGUAAAGAACCCUUCUUCCCUAGAUUCCAUGUAGACCACUGGCUGACCUUAGUCCCCUGGUGCUACCUUGCUGACUUACACACACACAGACAGGUGCGGGUGCAGGGUUUCUGUACUGUAAAUCUUCAUACACAAACUUCCUGUCCGACCUUGAAACUGAUGUCUUUUCGCUUUACUGUGUCGUAUCAGCUGGAGUUCAAACCUCCAGGGGGCGCUGACCUAACAAAGCUGCCCUGACUUUCUGUUUUUAUUAACUCUCUGAAUACAUCAACACACCAAUGAAUCUCUCUGUACCGUAACACUUAACUUUACUCAUAUGUAGUGACAGUGCUGCUGGUGUAUUACAGUGCAGUGAACACAAAUAUGUACAAAAACACAUACACACACCAGUUAAUGCUUGCGGUGCUGGUCAGGCAGUGAUUGAGUCCAAAUGGUGCCACUUUAAUACAACACUUUUACAGUUUUUGGUGCUCUUAAAGACUGAAUGGUCAUUGGUUGUUUCAGUCGCUGCAAUUUUAGGUCCCUAACUGAGUUAAACCAGACAAACAUAAGCGGGUGGAGGCCAAACCAGCAACGAGAGGUGGCUAUGAAUUUUUAAGAUAUAUUCAGUGUGCUCGAGUGUGCAGAGGAGUGUCACAGAAGAGUAAAAACUAGGGCAACUGUGCUCAGAUAGAACAACAUGAGGCCUUUUAAUGCAACUAAAUCAGAUUGUAAGAUUGAAUGUUUUCUGAAGAGAUGCCGAUCUGGUGGGACAAAUUAUCUUACCAGUUGAGUUCAAACCUCAGUGAGCCAAAAUCCAGUCAUUUUUAAAGGCACCUGAUAUGAAAUAAAACAGUAAAUUUUGGAGGAUGCCACUGCAAUUUAAGGUUAAGUGCAUGCAAAAUAAAUUUGGUCGUAUACACAUAUAUACGAGGGGCAAAAUCAAAGCAUAAAAGUGCAUAAAAUGAACACAAUGAAUACAGCAAAAAUACUAGUAUUAAAAUUAAAUUUAAUUAAAUUUAGUUUUAAACAAGCUUGAAACAGUGCAGAAUGUUUAAAAAGACUUUCAAGCAAAGUACCACCCACACCUGCUUCAUGCAUAAUCAGUGUUUAUAGGGCCCUCUAGUGGACAGAGAAACUAGUGUGCAUGACACUCUCAUGUUGGGAUAAAACACUAAUACUAGUCAGUGUCAGACGUAACUUUAUUAGAAAAAUUGCAAACAUAGUGAAGACUGCUUUUAUACUAAACCAUUUACUGGUCAUUGUCAUAUAGAGAAUGUACACAUUAAAAAUAUAAGAUACUGCUGCGUGUAUCCUAGUUGACAGGAACAACAUCCACAAUUAUGUUUCAAUACAACAAGCAGGAAAAUCUUCAUACUGUUUUAACUAUUUCUCUGUGGUUUUUGCAAUAUUUUAGGCAUCAAGUGUAGUUCAUGCUAUAUCAACUAUACUGUGAAAAACUGUACCAGCAGCUUUUUAAUAGGGAUCAGUAUGUACUGAUAUGAAAAUUGGGAUGUUGCUCAAAAAACUGUGAUGUUUAUCUUAAAUUGGAAAAAUACUGUAUUUUUCUUAAACAUUUAUAUCACUUUUCCUGGCAGAAGCUAAUGCAAGGUGAUAGUCCUUAGCAACACAGCUGAGACUAGAUGUCACUAUUGAAUUCUGCAAAAAAAAAUUUUAGACCCCUUUGUGGUAACAUUAGUAGCUGUUGGUCAGGUAGAUGUGAUAGUAUUGCACCAGACUUUGCCUCUUUAAAGUUAUCGGUGAAAAAUAACACUUUUUAAAGCCUAUAGUGCUCAUUAUGUUGAUGAACUGGAGGAAAAGUUCAUUUCAAAUAAUAAAAAAGCAGUUAUAAUACACUGUGACAAUAUAGUAAUCUUUAAAUGUGCAGGCUUGCCAUUUAUUUAAUAUCUCUUUUUAUUUGAUAUGUUUGCUCCAGCUAUUGAGGUUUAGCAGAAGACUAUAUAUAAAUGAUGGACGUAGCCUCCAUGUGCAAAAAAUGAAAUCAAUGUGGAAGUGACUUAAACAUUCUCUCUUUCUAAUAGCCAGUAGGGGGCAACUUCACUGGUCAAGUGAGAAGAUGACUGAAACUAGAGGCUUCAAAACAGUAGUCCACAAACCAAUGGUUGACUACAUCCAUUAUUUAUAUAUAGUCUAUGGACGUAACUCAACUUGUAAGAUUAUUACUGUCUGCAGAGCAGCACGGCCUCUGACACACUAAAAUAUCAGUGGACUUUCUACAAGCUCGCUGUCCUCAUUGCAGCAGCAGCAUUUCAUGUACCCCCUUGCAAUGCAGCUUCUCUUGUGCCUCAGUUUUAGUGUUGCCCUUUCUUGCCUGGUGGAAAAGUGAAAGUCCUCCAGCAGUCAUGCUCCCACCCUGCUUCUUAUGGAUCUAAAAUGUCCUCCAGUUACUGAACUGCAGCGACAUCCAUGAAACCAGAGGUAGACCAUUACUCUUUAGACACUAUGCUGAUUUUGUACUUCGUACAACUGAAACAGAUGGCCCUGUAUAAAUAGCAGGCUCUUCUUCAGAUAUCGCAGAUACAACUGUACCCCCUGUCUUGGGUGGUUCUCAUGCCUUUUUCCCAGAUAAACUCAGUUGCUCCAUGACCCUGAGUUAGAAUAAUCAGGAAGAAAAUGGCGUCAUCAAUUGUAGUGGAUAUGUUUCUAUUAAGAUUUGUACACAUACAGACACUAUAAGAAACAUUUGCGUACCAAUGGAUGUUUUAUUUAAACAGGGCUGUCUUUGGAGAAAACAUUUCAGUCUGGUGCUUGUGGUCCUUAGACGACCAUCUUUUCCAGGAAGCCUUCCGAUCCUCUGACCUUCCUCAGAUACCAGCUAACAACUGGACACAUGCAGUCAAUACGGACACUCUCUCUCUCUUUCACACACAGACACACAGACACACACACACACACACACACACACACACACACACACACACACACACACACACACUGUACAUGCACAAACAAUCUUUCAAACCAACAGUAAACCAGCAGGUUCAAAGUAUUUUUUUUGUCAUGUUUACUCUCCAUUUAUACAACCAACCUUCAGGUGCUUUUUAAACUCUGCUCUUUUUUACAGUGCUCUUGCAAGUCAUAUGCAUACACACACACACACACACACACACACACACACACACAUACAUUUGCUGGAAACAAGGUGCCGACUUUCAUGCUUCUCGUAACUCCUUCGCUACCAAACAUGUCAUCAGCACACACGCAUACAUGCACACACACUGUGUUCUUGCCGGCUGCCUGUUGCCAUCAGGCUACCCACAGCGCUGCUGGGUGUGACAUCAUCACCCUCGCGUUGCUUGGUGCUCCCAACCCCCCACCCCCCCCUUCCACCGUCCUCCCCAGCUGAAUACCUUCCAACAACCCCACCCCACCCCAAGGUGCUGCAUGUCAGUCAGUCAGUGUAAUCUCUGAUUCCAUGUUAGAUUAGGGAGUAAUGAUAAUAAUAAUAUUGGUAAUAAUAAUUACAAUAAUAAUCUGUUAUUGUGUGUGUGUACUGUUCCAGGUUGGUGCUCAGUUCAGUUCAGUCUCAGCCUAGAGGGGAGAGAGAGAGGCUAGAGAAAGCAUAUAUUACAGUUAGUAUAGUGACUUGUUCUAUUGUACCCAAGAAUGCCAGAAGAAAUUGUUGAACCGAUGAGCUGCACGGCGCUUUAAAACCAGAGAUGGGUUGAAAUAACACUGGUUGUACUGUUAGAAAAUUGCUGAAGCAAAAUCCCCAGAUUUAAACUGCUGAACCAAUAUGUCUACGUAGAUUCUCAGUCAUCCAGGUCAUAGUAAUCCUAGCAGCUUCAAUAGAAAUCAAAUGAACUCUUUUAGGUUCUUGAGCCAAGUGAUUCUGGUGGUCCACAUCUCUAAAGAGUCUCAAGCUAAAUGUUGUACGUCAGGAAGUCAUUUAAAAAAAGCAAGAGCAAAAAAAAAAAAAAAACUCAACAAAAUUUACAAAAGUCUUUAUACUCUUUAUACUAUAAAAUGGAAACACAGCAUGCCCAUGGUCUUCUUUUCUGACAAUGAGAAGAAGUUAAUCUUAUUUCUAUUGUUCUCCCUAGAAAAAGGUUCAAUUCAGCCAACUGUGUACAAAAAAUUCUCGACUACUAACUUAAUCCACUGCCUAGUUGGUGUGGCUUUAAAAGUUAAAACCAGAUAGAGUGACACAGACACUAUUUUCACCAGUGACUGUAAAAGGCCACCUUAAAAUGCAGCUGAAUUCUAUUAAUAUGAUGCCAAUAAUGACAAGAUAAAAAGGAGAACGGGCUGCUGUCCUGUCAGUUAGGACCGUGCUCUGAAUGUCCACAAGAAAUCAUUACCCCUACAAUGUCCACAACCUUCACCAAGUUCUUCAGGAGAAAUGAGACAACAUUCCAUAUGCAGCAUCAAACAUGAUUCAUUUUUGUGUCACAGAUAUGUGGCACUACGUGAUGAAAUUGUGGACCCACUUGUAACUGACAUGUGGUUUCUAUUCUGUGUCUCCACUCUUCAUCUGGUUGCUUUCUGACUUCCGUUCUGUGGUUGAGAGGCUGUGUAUUGAAACAACAAAUACUAAUUCACCUAUACUAAAUGGAAUGGACAGAAUUUUACUAAAUAUUGCCUUCUGCUUUAUAUUUCUGUUCAGUAUAUGUUCAUAUAUAUUUUUUAGAAUGACGAUACCAGUCUGUGGUUUCAUCCCCCUACUUUAAUCCACACUGAAAUAUCUCAACAGCUAUUGCAUUACGGUGAAAUUAUGUCCAGAUAUUCAUCAUCCUGUGAGGAUGAAUCUUAAUGACUUUUUUCCAGCACUGAUGAUGAAUGAAUGAUGAAACUCAUAUAUCUUGAAAACUAUUAGAGAUGGUUUACGUAUGUUUUGGUACAGUUAGUUAUGUGUACCCUAUCUAAUAAUUUGAUUUAUGGCUACAUACUUGUGAAACAUUCCCAGCAUCCUCAGCUGUUCUUUGAAAUUAGUCCUAAUUAGUCAAUUUUAGUAAACUAACAUGCUGAAUUAAAAUGUGAAACAUCGUAAACAGUACCUACUAAACCUUAGCAUUACCUACUUACCGUAGCCAUUGUGAGCAUGUUAAAAUGCUGCAAAUAGUGAAAUAUGAAAUAAUUUUAUCCCUUUUCAACUCUAUAAAACAUUGAAAUGAAACAGUUUGCAUUUUUAUUUGUUUUGUUUUGCACAUGUUAAAUUAAAAUCUUUAUACAUGAUGAAAAUGAAUGUACAAUGUCAUUUUAAACAAAGAAAAUCAAAAGAACCUAUUGAUCAACGAAAAAAAAAUGCUGUUGCACAGACAAACAAAUGUAGUUUGCAAAUCAAAGACAUAGUUUGGAAAACACUGGUUCAGCACAGCAAUUUUCAGCUCUUUUCCGUGUUAUCCCAACAUAUCUUUCUGAGAGCAAAGUGCGACAAAAGCAUGAGGAAAAGAAUUGAUAUUUUUAAAUGAUGAAUGACACGGUGAUGAUGUUUCUGUUCGCCUAUCGACAGCUUUUAGGCUGAGUGAUGCGCUGUUUUAAACACUGAUACACUUUCAAACCAACACACACAGAACACUGUUAUCGACACACUGAGUGCACGACACUCGGAGACACAUGCACAACACCUACAAAUUCAAUGCUGUGGCGCAUACAGACACUCAUCUCAUGGACUAAAUGAAAGAUGAGCUUUUAGGAAAAGGAGGACGGGGUGGUGUUUCAAAAGGUGCUAAAAUUUUAUCUGAAAAUAAGAAAAAUAUAUUGUUAGGAGUAUAAAUCAAGUUUGUCUUUACAAUGACUGUAUUUAAGUUUGUCGUAGUAAUGAAAAGGCACUAUUAUUAUUUUACUCUUGUAUGAAUAUGAACUAAUUAAAAAGGCAUUUUAACUUUGUACUUGAACAAUGUAAGAAAUGAACCGUGAAUAAAAAAAAAGGACUGUUUCUUGUGA